GUGUUGUGGAUGCGGCUCCUCUGAAGACCUGCAUUGCGCAUAUUGUGGAUCUUUGCUCAUCCCUCUGAUCAGACCAAAAGCUUCUAGACACAUCAUCUCUCAAUCAGAGGAAUGGACAGGUUGUGCGUCAGGACCUUUCUGCUUAUGUUCACAGUGGGAGUCGUAAUUAAGAGUUCAACUCAGGACACAGAAGUUGAACCUACAGUACCAGCAACAGUUGAAGCAAGUUUAGGAUCCCCUGCAGCCAUUAACUGCACUUUUCAGAUAAAUGCUACUCAUCUCAUAAUGAACUGGUUCUUCAGUCAAACAUCUUGCAAUGGAUCUAAGAAGAUAGAAAUCCAUGAUGAACGCUAUAAUCUAGAAAGAGGAGACACUUGGUCAAGCCUGACCAUUAAAAAAGUUGUGUCUGAUGACAGUGGAUGGUAUUUUUGCGAGGUUAUACAGGAAAGUCCUACACUAAAGCACUACCUCAGUAAUGGAUCUCACUUAAUCAUCCUCAAUUUCAAUUCUCCUUUAUCCAUCAAACCUACAAGAGUGAUUGUUAAAAGCGCAACCCAGGACACAGAUCAACCUCUGAUACCAGCGACAGUUGAAGCGUGUUCCGGCUCGUCGGCAACCAUCAACUGCACUUUCCAGAUAAAUGCUUCAUAUUCCAUAGUGAACUGGUAUUUCAGUGAAACACCUGACCAUUCCAGUGAAUCCAAGAAGAUAGAAAUCCAUGAUGAACGAUAUCACCAAGAAAAAAGAGAGACGUGGUCAAGCCUGACCAUUAAAGAGGUUCUAUCUAAUGUCAGUGGAUGGUAUUUUUGCCAGGUUAUACAGCACAUUCCUCAACUUAGGCAGUACCACAGUAAUGGGUCUCAUUUAAUCAUCAUCGAUGUUGGACUACUGAUACCAGAGACAGUUAAAGCGUGUUUAGGAUCCCCUGCAGUCAUCAAGUGCACUUACCAGAUAACAGCUUCCCAUCUGAGACAAAGUUGGUAUUUCAGUCAAGCACCUGACUUCAGUGGAUCUAAGAAGUUAGAGGUACAUGAUGAACGAUAUCAUCUAGAAAAAGGAGAUACUUGGUCCAGUCUGACUAUUAAAAAAGUUGUAUCUGAUGACAGUGGAUGGUAUUUUUGUGAGGUUACAGAGCACAUUCCUCAACUAAAGCACUACCGCAGUAAUGGAUCUCAUUUAAUCAUCAUCAAGGUUUAUCAGGAUCGGUACUCAACGGACGCCUGUGUGCCCAGUGAAAGCUUUUGCACAGUCUCUGAGUCUCCGAGCUCUGUGACCCCUACUUGGCUGAUCUGGACAGGCUCAGUGUUGGGGUGUGCAGUGUUGGCAAUAGCUAUGGCCAUCAUAUGGAGCACACGAAGAAGAGCCCCUUAAAAGUUCUAUUCACAUUACACUUUCUGACUGUGCAGACAACCAAGCAAUGGAAAAAACAAGUAGCAAUGUACACCAAGAUUGUUACAGGCUGUCUACCAAAAUUCAUGAAUAACAACAAGCAGCAAGUAGCCAGAAAAGCAGGAAAGAAUGACCAAGGAUGCAUUUUCUAAAAAAGUCAUGCAUGCCUGGCUUGGUUUGUGCUGUGUGGUAAUGAAGACUCACACAUGCAUAGACUGGACUAUAAAUUUCAGAUGAGACAGGAUAUCUGUUUGCGGUCCCAGUGCCGGUGUGUAGCGUGUGAAUGCAGAGAAAACUGUCUGCUCUCUUUUCUGAGAACAUGAUCUUACAACAUGCACAGCUGAUCAUUUGAUGAAACCAGCAAUGAAUAUAAAAAUAAUUAACAAUGUGUGUGCAUCUGUACACACACUGAUCUUUUCCCAGCAUGCUAUUGGAAAAUGGUACAACAUCCUAAACAAAUUGAUACCCUGAAAAAACAUAACUACACAUAUCAUCCCAAAGAUGGACAACAGAGCCCUUAAACGUAAAGAAAUCUAAGUGGACCACGCUCUCUGAACUUUCUAACCAAAGCUUGUUUGUCAUCAUUAUUAUUGUUUUUUUCUUCUGUGUGAUGUACAGUAAUUUUUUUUUUUACAGUUUAUUCACUGUCCAGUCAAAACAGUCUUUAAAUAUAAAUGAUUUAUUCUUCACAGAUUUAUUCUUCACAAAUAUGAUAUCAGCUUUUUCAGUGUUUAGUGUGUCCCCUCUUUGCCUUUAUUACAGCCUCCAUUCUUUUCAGGAGACUCGCUUCAGUUUUCCAAGAAAUCUGCAGGGAUAAUUUUCCACACCUCCAAA